AUGGCAUCUUUGCCUGGAUCACUCCGGACCAUGCUAGUGGCUCUAUGGUUUAUUUUCGCUCUUUUACCCGGCCUUUCCGACGGCCAUUCGAGGUCCAUCGGACGUCGUGCACACUUAAAGAACUCAUCGCCGCCCACUAAAGCACUAUCGCUCUGUGGGCCAAACUGUCCCUCUUGCGCCUUCAGCUUAAGCACUCCACCAAAACUUUCGACACCUAAAAACGGGGCAAAAAGUAGGUCACUAUCUAAGCGGGUCCUGACAAAGCCGGAGGACGAGGACUUCGAGGGAGAUGUCGAAUCGUUCUUGGUGAGCCAAUAUAUGAGAGCGGAUUGGGUACCUCUGGAUGACCAGGGCCUGUCAUCGGCUCUGUUCAAGGAGUUAGGAAACAAGAAUUUCAACAUGGCCGUGCGAGACCUAUGGGGAUGUGCUUCAGUGGUAGUGGUUUCAGAAAAGGGGAUAUGGAUGUCGCAUAUCUGGGAGAAUCCCUCGUUUGGUAGAGAAAUCCCACCUAAUAGAUGGGUGGCAAGUGAGGACAACGUGUUUAUAAACACUGUCCUCAAACCACUGGCUGAGGGCAAUGAACGGAUGCCAGGCCUGGCACAGUUUACGCAGCCAAAUGGUGCAUUCACCGCCGAGUAUAAGCCAUUUGCCUAUAUCUUCUACCCGUCAACGUCCCGAAAUGAUCUGUAUGACAGAGCAUACACAGCUAGGAUCAGCGGCAUUAGCCAGAAGCUCCAGCAGCUCCUUCGACUGAGCGUACCGCCCCUCAUAUACCAAUAUGACCGCUCUGGAGGAGAUUUCCUAUCGUCAAAGGGAAAGAUUCUCUUUCAAUACGAGCCUAACGAAAGGGUUAUACAGACCAAAGAUGGCCCCCUGCAACAGGCUGUGAAUCGCAUAUGGUUAGAGAAUCAACCUAUGUACGUUCAUCAGAGGUACUGGCCUGCCUGGCCCCUGCAGAGGUCUGCCGGCAAUGCCAAUGCGAAACGGGAUAACGAGCCUAGUCCGACGCUUGGAACACCGGGUCAAUGCUAA